ACGGGUCCCCCAUGUCAGGCAGGAGGCGUCAGCCUGGACCCUCUUCUACCCUCUGCAGCUUCCUACGAAGGUAAACAGCAGCAGAGAAGACCAAAGAAGCCGUGCCCUCCUGGAGAAACAGCUAAGUUGCCCCUGACCAGCGCUGGACUGACUCUCGUGCUUUGACAUCAUCUCGGGUUGCUCUUUUCAAAAGAGCAGAAGGGGAAAGAAAGAGGGCAGCCGCAGAGGACUUGCGCUGCCUCACACUCCUUUUUCCACACGUGUUAUUAGGAAAAGCACCGCUCGUGGGCUGCCACAACUCCUGCUUCCCAGCACUGGACGCGGGGAGCCGCUGAGCAGCAGGUCGCUGACCUUGGCGACUUACAGCGAAAAGCCCGGAGCGGCCGAUGCCGCCGCAUCCCUGCGCUGCUCCCGUGUCGCAUCCACGCCAGCUUUUUUCCAUUUUUUUCCCCCCUGAUUUGGGGGCAGGGGACGGCGUGGGGGCGGGCAGGCAGAAGCCGGCCGGGUGCCCCCCCCGUGCCAGCUGCACCCUUAGCGGGGCGGCCACGCGUGGAGGAGACGGACACGCGUGGGGCUGGCGGCCACGCUCGCCCCUUUAAGCGGGCUCUCGUAGGGCCGCCCCGCCGGCUGGGAUAGGUCGGGGCGGGCCGGGGCCGCCUCCCGCCUCCGGCAGCGGGCGGGUGGCUGGGCUCGGCUUGGCACGGCUCGGCUCGGCUCGGCUGCGAGCUCCGGUCCCGGCUGCGUGCGCCUGUGCCUCCCCCAGCGCCACCGCUCCCCGCCGGGCCCCUGGCGCCGGGCUGCGAGGGGCAGAGGCAUGCCCAGGAGGAGCAUCGCGGAGGUGAAGGUGCUGGACGUGCAGAAGAGGCGCAUCCCCAAUAAGCACUAUGUGUACAUUAUCAAAGUCACCUGGUCCAAUGGGUCCACAGAAGUCAUCUACCGACGGUACAGCAAGUUCUUCGACCUGCAGAUGCAAAUGCUGGACAAGUUUCCGAUGGAAGGAGGGCAGAAAGACCCCAAGCAAAGGAUCAUCCCCUUCCUGCCAGGGAAGAUCCUCUUCCGCCGCAGUCACAUCCGUGAUGUUGCAGUCAAGCGCCUGAUACCCAUCGAUGAAUACUGCAAGGCCCUGAUCCAGCUGCCUCCCUACAUCUCGCAGUGUGAGGAGGUUCUGCAGUUCUUUGAGACCCGACCCGACGACCUGACUCCCCCCAAAGAGGAGCCCAUUGGAAAGAAGAGGUCUGGGUUUAUCCAGAGAACGGCCUCUUUCCUGCAGAGAGGAGCUGACUCUGCGUCGGUCGAUCCCCUGGUGCUGGAGCAGUAUGUCGUGGUGGCGGACUACCAGAAGCAGGAGAGCUCCGAGAUCAGCUUGUGCGUGGGCCAGGUGGUGGAUAUCAUUGAGAAGAACGAAUCAGGCUGGUGGUUUGUGAGCACAUCAGAGGAGCAAGGCUGGGUGCCAGCGACCUGUCUGGAGGCCCAGGAUGGCGUCCAGGAUGAGUUCUCAAUGCAGCCCGACGAAGAGGAGAAGUACACAGUUAUUUACCCAUACACUGCAAGAGACCAGGAUGAAAUGAACCUGGACAAAGGGGCUGUGGUGGAGGUGAUCCAGAAGAACCUGGAGGGCUGGUGGAAAAUCAGGUACCAGGGCCAAGAAGGCUGGGCCCCCGCCUCCUAUCUCAAAAAGGGGAAUGGAGAGAUGUUCUCGCAGAAGCUGGGAUCGGGCUCCUCCACUCAUUCCUGUGCCUUGGAUCUGGAUGGCAUUUCCCGGCAGCAGAUCGUGGCCAGCCGAGAGAAGGAUGGGCUCGCCGGCCAAAGGGAUGGGAGGUUCGACAGCCGUCCCCUGCCCAACGCUGACAUCCGACGCAAGUCACCGAAGAUGCGGCAGAGACCCCCUCCUCGCCGAGAUCUCACAAUACCACGUGGUUUGAACCUGCCUAAACCUCCUGUCCCUCCUCAAGUGGAAGAGGAAUAUUACACCAUCGCUGACUUCCAGACCACCAUCCCCGACGGCAUCAGCUUCCAGGCAGGAAUGAAAGUAGAGGUCAUUGAGAAGAACCUGAGUGGUUGGUGGUACAUUCAGAUUGAGGAGAAGGAAGGCUGGGCGCCCGCUACGUUUAUUGACAAGUACAAGAAAACCAGCAACGCGUCCAGGCCGAACUUCCUGGCUCCGCUGCCCAACGAGAUGGCCCAGCUCCGGCUGGGCGAUGCCGCGGCAGAAAGCAGUGCCAGCGAGGAAGCCACGGGACCGUGCAGACCUCUGCCCGAGGCUCCCCCCAAUGGCAUGGACUGCGGUAUGAAGUGGGCCAAGGACUGGAAGGGGAAGGAGGCUACUGAGAGCAGUGACCUUGCCUUCGCCUGUGGGUAUGAGGAGAUCUCGGACCGUGACGUGGAGGAGAAGCCCAGCCUGCCGCCCAGGAAGGAGUCCAUCAUUAAGUCGGAAGGCGAGUUACUGGAGAGGCAGAGGCCUCCCCCCAAGCCCCCAGGCAUGAUUUUGCCCAUGAUCCCGCCAAAGCAGUCGGUAGCCCCAAAAGACAGCAAGAAGCCCGAGCUGAAAUCAGAGAAGGGCAAACUCUUCCAGCUGAAAAACGAAAUGGGACUGGAAUGUGGACACAAGGUGUCAGCCAAGGAGGUGAAGAAGCCGAACCUCCGACCCAUUGUCAAGCCAACCAAACCAAAACCUGAGCCCGUGGAGGACAAGCCUGAGCCAAUCACCCAGAACCCCUUCUUGAAGUCAAGACCUCAGAUCAGGCCCAAACCUGCUGCAGCCCCCCGGACUGACCCCCCUCCAGCCGACGAUAAACUGGACAUCUGCAGCCUGCGGAGCAAGCUGAGGCCUGCAAAGUGCCCCGAGAAACCCUCUGAGCCGGACACCGCUGCCAGCGAAAGCCCCUGCGGUAACACCACAGUCGCCCCGGAGGCUUCUGGAAGGUUUCAGGAGCGACUGAGCGUGGAGAGCAAACCCCUGCCCAAAUCUCCCCCGGGCCCAGCCAUCGUCCCGGCUGCCCGGGAGCCCGCGCCGCAGCGCCCGGUUGUACCGCCCCGCAGGCCACCGCCACCCAAAAAAACAGCGUGUCCUGCUGCUGGCCCCGCACCCGAGGCCAGGGCUUCCCCGCUGCCGGGGAGACCCAUGCUGGUUCCUCCCAAAGCCAAACCCUUCCUGUCCGCUGCGAUCCAAGACGAAGGCAAAGUGAAAAGCAGCUUAGGCCCAAAGGUAAUAUCCAAGGCAGUGGAGAGAGGGGAAGCCAAGGAGAGGACAUCAGCCCCUUUCUCCAACCCGGACAUCUCCAAGGAAGCUCUCUACGUGGCAGUAGCAGAUUUUGAAGGUGACGAGGAGACCAACAGCUUUAGAGAAGGGACGUUGUUUGAAGUGCGUGAGAAGAACAGCAGCGGCUGGUGGUUCUGCAAGGUCCUGACUGGGGGCCCUUGCUGGGAGGGCUGGAUCCCUUCCAACUACCUGCGGAAGAAGCCAUAGCCUGUCCUCUGUUUACAUGGUCGGAGGUUCCCCGUUCUCCCACCUGAGUAUUUAAUUAGCCUAUUAAUUUAUAGUUUUCCGUAAGGCUGGCUUUAAAAAAGAAAUAAUAGUAAUUGAGAUACCACACAUUCCAGCUGGUGUCCGUUGGAGGCAGCGCGCUCGCCCUGUGCAGCCCAGCCUCCUGCUCCCACCGCGUCCCACUGAGCUCCUGCUCUCCCUUGGCUGGCUGCCACGGGCUGUCCUGGCCACGCUUCGUGGUGUAUGGGCCCCAGCAUGGUUCUCCAUGCUGAGGAAGUAGACCUCGAUAGGUGGUUUUUGCCACCUAUACCGGAAAAUGAAGAGGUGGCAGCAGCCAGGGAGAGAAAUGCAGCUUGGCCCUGGUACCAGUGAAGGAAAUCUGGCCUCAUGGAGGGAUUUGGUUUUCCCUGAGGCUCAGGGUCACGGUUGAAUGUUGUACGUCGCAUUGCUUAGUCCAAAUGUGUAGCAGAGUCAUAGGAGAUGUGGCAAAAAAGAGGGAUGAUUGCUCAGAACAGGGUCCCUAUAGCUCUGCGUGCAUGUGCAGCCAUGACUGCACACUGGGGGCCAGGUGCUGCACUCCACGCUCUGCCUUGCUUUCCCCUGCACACGUCAUGGGACAGUCCCAUGGUCCUUCCCCACUCUGCAAUGACAAGUGUUAACUUAAACAUCCUUCUGG